AUUUCAUGUUCAUAAUUACUCCCCCAGCAACGCUCAAUUUGAGAUUGUCUUCUUCCUCUUCUCUCUCGCAACGACUAUUCAUUCAUUUCUCAUGUAUCAUUUUUCGGCGUUCUUUGCGCAUCUACUUUGAACGAUGCGCGUUGCCACUCCUCUUGUAGCCUCUUUGGCGCUCCUCCCGUCUGCGUGGGGUCGAAUUAAAUACUUGGGCGUUGCUAUACCGGGGAUUGACUUCGGCUGUGACAUUGAUGGCUCCUGUCCGCCAGGGAAUAGGAAAUUCCCUUUGUUAGAGAUGGGCGGUGGUGAUGGCGCGGGCCAGAUGCAGCAUUGGACGGAAAAUGCGGACAUGAACACAUUCCGUCUUCCGGUGCCGUGGCAGUAUCUUGUCAACAAUCAACUAGGCGCAAAGAUGGACGAGACCAACUUCGACAACUACAACAAGCUGAUGAAAGCAUGCCUGGACACUGGCUCAUACUGCAUGAUUGACAUUCACAACUUUGCCCGGUGGAACGACGGCAUCGUUGGUCAAGGAGGACCUGACGACGAGGAGUUUGUCGACAUCUGGGUCCAGCUGGCAAAGAAGUAUGCAGACAACGACAAGGUCAUGUUUGGCAUCGUAAACGAGCCCCACGACUUGGACAUUGUCCGCUGGGCACAGACAUGCCAAAAGGUCGUCACAGGUAUCCGCAAGGCCGGCGCCGAGUCACAGAUUAUCUUGCUCCCGGGCACCAAUUUCGCAAGUGCCGAGACUUUUGUGUCGAGUGGCAGUGCGGAACUGCUGGCCAAGAUCUCGAACCCGGAUGGCAGCAAGGAUGGUCUGGUUCUCGAUCUGCACAAGUACCUCGAUAUCAACAACUCGGGCACACACGUCGAGUGCACCACGAAUAAUGUCGCAGGGUUCAAGACCAUCGGAGAUUGGCUCAGGAAGAACAAGCGCCAGGCCAUCAUCUCAGAGACGGGCGCGUCCCUGGAUCCCACGUGCAUCGAGAAGUUCUGCACCCAGAACGAAUACAUUGCCAAGAACACGGACGUCUUUGUCGGCUUCGUCGGCUGGGGAGCUGGCAGCUUCGGGACUGACUAUGUCAUGAAUCUAACGCCCUCUGGCGAGGCUGACAACUACCAGGACAAUGAACUCAUGACCGAGUGUAUCAUCAAGCCUUUUGUGGGAGAGGCGCCCAAGUCCACGGCUACCGAGGAGAAGACGUCGACGGAAACCGCAUCCAAGACGAAGAGUACUGCGAGCACCGCGACUACUACUCCAUCUACAAACACGGCAAAUCAGAUAUUUAAAGAGACGCCCUCUCACUCGGGUGAUGAGUCUUCAGAAACAUCUGCUGCUAGCGAGGAGUCCAACAGCGAAGACGAUGAUGGUUCGGCUGCAAAUCCGAGAAUGGGCUCUCCGGCCGUGGGAGCGACUUUCGCGAUUGCCAUGUCCCUUUUCUUUGGAAUGCGACUCGUCUGAGACCUCGACUCGGUCUCGGGUUGCCGACAAAAUUCAUCACAAUUUGCUAGGGAAGUGAUUAGAUUUAGACAGAAUAAUUAUAGAUACAUGUAUAUAUAGCGAGUAUGCUAAUCAUAAUAAGGGACACAACGAGCCCCAAAAAUGUUCACACGCCGAGUCAGGACUGCAGAGGGCAGAUCAGCGACAUCC